GCUGGGGUGGGACAGUUUCAUCUCUAUUGCUGGGCAGUCCUGGACUCCAGUUCUGCUCUGAUCCCUGGGGAAUCCAACGUCCCCUGAGGGAUCUGCGCCGGCCUGGCCCCACGCCCCGGCGGCUUGGAGGUUAGGCGUAGGGUGGCUGUUUCCCGGCAACUCGAACUCCUCUCCUCAGGCGCUUGAGGGUCCGGCCCACCUCCCUCCCCGGCCCUCCCACCGCCCCAACCCUAGCCAUGGUCCGGGUGCUGAUCCUGCCCCUCCUCCUGUCCGCCUGUUUGGCGUCCUUCGGCAGUGGCGAAGGAGCAACGGGAGACAGAGGUCUCCGCCAACAGCGGUUUGCCGUCAUGGGCUCCGCAGUCGUCCUGAACUGCGACGUCUCCGGGGAGGCCGCGGGGGUGGAAUGGAGACUGAAUGGCAGCGUGGUGCCCGGCGGGGCCGGAGAGGGCGCCCAGCUGAUCCUGCGCAACGCCGGCCCGGCCGAGGAGGGCCAAUACAGCUGCCACGAUCCGAGAACCGGAGAGGUCCGGAGCCGGAUCGAACUGCUGCUGGGCUAUCCCCCAGCUCAGCCGAGGGUGGAGUGUUGGGCCGUGAGGUAUCCCGAGGCCGUAGACUGCUCCUGGACCCUGGAGCCGGCUUCAGCCCUGAGCACCUCCUUCAUCGCCACGUACAGGCAGGGAAUGGCCACCCUGGGAGAAGACCACAGGUGCCUUCAGCUUUCCCCGGAGGCCUCCAGCUGCGUCAUCCAGGACCUCCAGAUGUUCUCCAUCACUCCCUACGUGCUCAACGUGACCGCCAUCAACCCCCUGGGAGUCAGCAGCAGUCUCGUCCCUUUCUUUGUGGAGAACAUUAUUAAACCAGGCUCCCCGGAGAACGUGCGCGUAAGCCCUGUCCCAGGCAGGAAGCUGCUGGUGCAGUGGAGUCCCCCGGCAUCCUGGCCCUUACCCCAGUAUUUCCCGCUCAAGUACCUGAUCCGUUACCAGCGUCAGGGGACAGCCAACUUCCACCAGGUGGGACCGAGGGAGCAGACGUCUUUCAUCCUGACUGGGCUGUGGCCCCGGACCCCCUACCGAGUGCAAGUGGCUACCAAGGACUUCACCGACUACGGAGAAUAUAGCGCCUGGAGUCCCAGUGUGGCCGCCAUCCCUGGGGCUAAGUAGCUGGCGGGAAGUUUCACGCCCGCUGCCUUUCCCAAAAUUCACCUCUGGCCUCGGUGUUUUGAGGCCGCACAGCCUGUCGGGUCCGGCCCCCGUGCCUCCUCGGGAAAGGCCCCGCUGUCUCUUGAGCCCCGAAACUACGUUUUGUUGCCCUUCUCCGAAUUCCUAAGCUUUUCUUCUCUCCUCUUCGCCCGCUAAUAGUUAUCGUCAUCAUCGCUGUGGUAGUUGGUAAGUGCUUACUCCGUGCUAAGCACUGGGGCAGAUACGAUACGGACACAAGCCACCAGGCUGGAGACCUUGGGCCGGGGUGGCGGGGGAAGCUGGGAGGAAGUGAGCUAAAGCCACAGGGGGAAAUAAAACUUGUCCAGCCAAAGUCUCA